CUUUUAGGUGUUUGAUUAUGACUUUGCAUUACAAGAUGACUUCAUGGGCUCAGCCUACCUGGAUCUGACUAACUUGGAAUUAAACAGGCCAAUUGACGUCAUUUUAAAUCUGAAGGACCCAAGCUGUCCUGUUCAAAUACUAGGGUACCUGUUGAUGACUGUUACAUUGGUUUACAGAGAAACUGAUCCAAGAGAGACUAAUAUGAUUUUGAGAAGGAAUUGGACACCAUCAUGCAAGGUACAGAACAUCCGUCUUCUGGAAGCACACAAAAGGGACGAGCUCUGGAGAGGGGUUGUCAGUGUCACUUUAGUUGAGGGCCGAGACUUAAAACCCAUGGAUCCAAAUGGGUUGAGUGAUCCAUAUGUAAAAUUCAAAAUGGGCUGUCAGAAGUACAAGAGUAAGGCUAUUUUAAAAACGCUGAAUCCCAAGUGGAGGGAGCAAUUUGACUUUCUUCUUGCUGAAGAAAAAGGUGGCAUCAUAGACAUCACUGUGUGGGACAAGGACUCUUUGAAAAAGGAUGACUUCAUUGGCAGGUGUCAAGUUGAUUUGGCAGGUCUAAGUAAGGAACAUACGCACAGACUAGAUUUGGCACUGUCAGGAGGAAAAGGCAGUUUAGUGCUUCUGGUCACUCUAACAGCGUCUGCUCCAGUCAGUAUCUCUGAUCUUUCUUUCACCACAUUGGACAAUGAAGAAGAACAUAACAAAAUAAUGGCAAAAUAUUCCUUGCUAAGAUCCUUCCAAAACCUGAGAGACAUAGGAUUCGUCCAGGUAAAGAUAAUCAAGGCAGAAGGGUUAAUGGUGGCUGAUGUCACAGGGAGCAGUGACCCAUUUUGUGUGAUUGAAUUGAACAACGACAGACUGCAGACACACACUGUCCAUAGAAGUCUCAACCCUGAAUGGAACAAAGUCUUCACUUUCAAUAUUAAGGAUAUUCAUUCAGUUCUGGAAGUGACAGUUUAUGAUGAGGACCGGGAUCGGAGUGCAGAUUUCCUGGGCAAAGUUGCCAUACCUUUGCUAAAUAUUCAAAAUGGUGAACAGAAAGCCUACGUCUUGAAAAACAAGAAUCUGACAGGGGCAACAAAGGGGGUCAUCUAUCUUGAAAUGGAUGUGAUUUUUAACGUUAUAAGAGCAAGCAUCAGAACAAUCACUCCCAAAGAAGAAAAAUACAUUGAAGAGGAACAGAAAAUCUCAAAAGAGCUACUCCAGAAAAACUACUACCGUGUGAGGCGCUGCAUCAUGGUACUGGUCAAUACUGGUCGUUACAUUAACAGCUGCUUUGAAUGGGAAUCACCACAGAGGAGUCUCACAGCUUUCCUGAUCUAUCUGGUUACAGUUUGGAAUUUUGAACUCUAUGUUAUCCCACUGCUGCUGUUCGUUUUGCUGAUCUACAACUACUGUUUAAUUAGAUCAGGAAAGGACAACAGAAUAAGCUCUAUGCAAGAGUUGGAGGAGAGCUUGAUAGCAUAUGAGGAGGAUGAAGAGGACAGAACUGACAAGCAGAUCAUAGAGAACUUGGAUGUACUUCAUAGCCAAGAAUUCUCACUCCUAACCAUUGAGAUUAGCUGUGGUGGCAUAGGAAAUUCGCCAACAAAAUGGAAACAUAUGACAAUAGAGGGUUGGCAAAAAUAUUUUCCACCUCUAUCAACACUGAAGAGAGUUCAAACUGCAAGAAUCAACAAAAGUUACAAGACAUCAUCCAUGAAGGAAAUCCUUGGAGUUAUCAAAUAUUUCAAUGGAGCAGUUUCCAGUUUCAGCAAGGAAAGUGAAAGGAAAGGUCUGAUGGAUAAAUUAUCAGCCAUCCAGGAAGUGGGUGUAGCUGUUCAGAAUGGUCUGGAUGAAGUUGCCAAUCUUUAUGAAAGAGUAAAGAAUACCUUCAACUGGACAGUUCCUUUCCUGAGUUGGUUGGCUGUUUUUGUCCUGUUUGCCGGCACCAUCAUCCUUUAUUUUAUUCCUCUAAGAUACAUUCUUCUUGUCUGGGGUAUCCAUAAAUUCACCAAGAAACUUCGUAACCCAUUUCUCAUUGAUAAUAAUGAACUGCUAGACUUCCUCUCCAGAGUACACUCAGAUGUGGAAGUGGUGCACUUCCAUGAAUUGAACCAAGAAUCUAGCCAGGGACUGAUGACUUUUAAGAAGAAAACCAACUCAGGAUAACCAAACCCCUCAACCAUUGGCUUUCUGAAGAUUAGGAAGGAUCAGUUGCCAGAUUACUAUUUCCUUUCUUCACUCAUUUAUCUUGAUUUUUACAAUGAACUGUAGCAUCUGUAAAUGUUGUACAGUAUUGAACUCUGUAUUUGAAAAUGCACAUACUGCUUAUUAUUGUAUAAAACACUUAUGUUAAAACUUUCAAAAUUAUGUUCUCAUGAUAUUAAAGCUUUGCAAAAUGUGCCUAAUGCCUGGAUCUUUAUAACUAGUAUAAAACCGAGAUGGUAAAUAUUUACAAACUGUCCAGUGGCAAUCAUCCAAUCAUUCAAAAGAUAUUACAGCAUUUUAUAUUUUGACUGUUUCUAAUGUAUGUUUUCUUGUAAACAAUCACUAGAGUCCAUAUUCUAAUGACAGACUCCUGCAAUAAAAUGAUGUAUUACUAUCAAUGUACAUAUUUUCUCCUUUACCUCUUUUCCCAACAAAAUAUAUUAGAAAUUAAUUGGCUAUUGCAAGACAUUUUUUUCUGACCAAUUCUCCAUGAACAUCCAUUCUUCUCACCUUUGAUUGCAUUGUGCCUUUUUUGUUAUUCUGUUAUAUUAAAAACACUAAAUAUGUGAAGGUUAUUGCAGAUACAAGGAAUGUUUUGGAUCUGGGAUUACCUGACAAAUCAAAUUCUUCUGAUCAGCCAUCACACAUAUUGGAAACUAUGGGAAUGUUCUGCCAAAAAAAUGUUUUCUUAAUUUUUGCUGCUCAUUAGGGUGCUGCAGAAGCAUAGGCAAUCCCAAAACCUCAUUUGUGAAUGUGCAAACUGCAUGCUUCCAAUGUCCUGAAAAGUGUUUGCCGAGUCUCAUUAUUACAUGGAAGUAAAAUAUUAUCUCAGUUGUCUUGAGAAAUUCUGAACUCUGAAUCAGUAGGUGGCACAGCUGUUGAGGUGGGUUAAUAGACCAAUAGUCAGGGCUAAACACUUACCCAGUUAGCUGUGCAGUAAUCCAAGUGGAUGACACAUUCAAUAAAAAAAGCCCCAACUAAAAGAAAGUUUACAGAAAAGAUGCAUUUCACACAAAUUACAUUACAGGUCAUUUUUCUUAAUAAUGUACUUAUGUACUAUUAAAUAGAGGAAAUAGUCCACAGGCAUGGAAUCUGCUUCGACUGUUACAAUACUUACUCUUUCCAUUGUCUCAACAAUUCCACUGGCUCUGGAUUGAUUCCUUGCCCAACAUAAGUUUUGGCAGAAUUAUAACUUCCUGCAGCUAAACAUUAGGAAAACCAAAAUCAUCUUUUUCAACUCCCCUGCUAAGUCCAUACCCUUGCUGUUGGCACCUCCUACCUGUGCCUUGGCUUGAAAUAGACUGUUUGCUAACCUCAACACAUUAUUCAAUCCUGAGCUGAGCUUCCAAAUCAUAUUCUCACAAAGAUCUUCAACUUCUACCUCUGUAAUAUUGCCUCCCUACCACUGCAAUGUUUGUGUGUACCUUUGUCAAUUCUAAACUUGCUGGAUUAUUCCUGGAAACCAUGCGGAUUUAAAUCCCAAACAGCCUCUGAUUUGAUGGCCAUUGGGAUUUCAGGGCCUUCAGGAUGAGGAUCCCACCUCCAAGAUUUGCCAGCUGGUCAAAUGUCUAGAAAUGCUUAAGACACAGCAGUGCUGUAGGUGUACACAGGUGCCACUGCUAGGACUGCAGCAGGGAUGAGGAGAAAUCAUUGAGGCCCCAGAACCUGGGUAAGUGGGAUGACCUCAUUGGGGCUGGCCCAACAGCCCCAGCGAUGGUGACCACUGUAGAGGGCAGUGGAGACAAUACCCACUGAGGCCAGCAAAACCUAUUUGCCCAAAUAGAAGCUGACUUCCCAGUCACGCCAAAGUUACCAGGAUUUAAAAGGUGGAUUACCAUAUUGCAUAGAUCCCUACCACUGAUACAAUGUCACCAGUGCUGGAAUGGAACCACUGAUUGGAAAGUCAAGCUUGACCUUCCACUCAC